AUGGUAAAAGAUUUAGACUUUAUCGGUGAUAUUAAUGAUAAAUAUGCCGCACUGGAGUUAGAACUAGAGGAGAAGCUUGUAGCAGUCAUGAAACGAGAAAAUACCCUUGAUCCCAGUGGGAUGAAAAUCAAUAAAAAAAACUUAUCAAACAAGGCGGAAUCGACCAUCUUCUCGUUGGAAACCGCUAGACAGAGAAAUUACGAGCUGUUAAAAUCGUUGGAAGUUUCUAAAGCAAGAUUGCGAUCCCGUGCUACAUUUAGUCCGCUGGAAGCAAUUCUUCAGAAGGUGAUUGGUAGCUAUCUUAAAGAAACAUCUCUCAUUCCAUGCAGCAGUAAAAAAAUUUACGGCCCCACGUAUGUUUAG